AUGUAUAUGGGCUUAGUCCCAGGGACUAGCCAACAGCAAACCGAAUGCACAAAUGGCCAAAUCCAGCAGAGAGACCUGAGCACCUGCAAAUGCUCGGGGGGCAAUGACCAAUGCACUACCACAUGUUCAGCCGGACCAGAUGCUCCAAACUGUCCAAACGAUGUCUUAUCCCAGUACAACUUAGAUCACUGCUCCCUGCAUUGCGGGGCAGAGUCAGGCCACCACUGCAAGGCGUGUUGGAUCUGGUUCGACCCACUCUGUAACUGCCUGCAGAGCGGCGGUUGUCAGCAAAGCUCCAAUAAUGCACCGUUCUGGGUGAAAGUAAACUCCGAAAUCAUCACGACGAGCUCGCCAAUCCCGGACAUUUUGGACCUGCAAACAAACCACCCAUCCCUGGCACCCUUCGGAUGGGACUUCGGUCAGCAAUCAGGGGUUUCUGACACUUCGAAGGACGCAUUGGUCAUUAACUCUGUGCAUUCCAUUACCGAGGACCAGAUCCACAUGCACGUGUGCCCUGUCAAUACCGGGAUAAAGAAUUUCCUUGGCAGCCUUACACCUUCCCAGUAUUAUGAUCUGAAGGAUAUUCAGAUAACUGGAUACACGAUCUACUGUCGGGCGUCCCACAGUGCUGGUCAACCCGUUUCGGGAGAUGUUGUUGCGGCUGAUAUCAAUACGGUUAUGGGUAAGGAGUGUAAGUAUUAUGUGGGUGCAGCAGUGCUCAGAGACAAAAAUGACCUGGCCUGGUCAUGCGUGACAGCCGAUCAUCUCAGCACAGAGUAUAAAAGAUUUUGUGACUGA